AUGCGUGGACCACCUGAGUGCAUCAACCGGCGCGAUGCUCAACUCGAGCUCGUGCUACCGCAGCUGAGAAAAUUGAUUCUCCAACCUUAUCUUCAGAUGUUACGCGCAACCUUGCCACGUACACUACCUAGUAGCUUCGCUGAUAAGGACGAUAGCGUAUGUGGUGUUGUGGACAGUAAAUGUCAGACUGAGUUCAAAGGCGACAAAGGUACGGUUGAAUCGGGGGGGUUUGACGCACGCACGGAGGACGAGACGGCAACGAAGAUCGAGGCUACGUGGCAGGUAGCGUUAUGGAAAUGA